ACCACCUCCCUCCACCCACAGGUUCAAGAUGCUGAGCCUGGAGUUCGACCACUCCUGUCGCUACGACUAUGUAGAGGUGCGUGAUGGUGACAGCAUCAACUCUCGUGUGAUUGGUCGGUUCUGUGGGAACGACAGGCCUGCUCCAAUCCAGAGCUCCGGCAACUCCCUACACGUCCUGUUUGUGUCCGAUGGCUAUAAGAACUUUGACGGCUUCUUUGCCACCUUCCAGGAGAGCUCAGGUAGGAACAAUACAUGCCUGAGAGGAAACCUAUGACUCUCAUGGUGACUAAGUAGAUCACUAUGGAGUGGAUUUUGUAGCAAAUGUAUGCUAAUUCAAUACCAAAAUCCAUUAUUGUAAUUGUGGUUUGGAUGGAAAUGUCCAUCAUAAGUUGGGAAAGUUGAAAAAAGCUACCUGAAUGUUAACUGUUAUGAAAACUAAGCAGAGCACACCCUUAUCAAACUCAUGCCUGGGGAUCCCUGGUUGGCAGCCUAACAGAGAAACCCCGUAUUAAGUACCAACUUAUCCUAUCACUCAGUUCCUCAUUCAAACCCAAUCACUAUGAACACACACUGUAACACAGUACUGCAAGCCAGCUGCACUCAAGCAUAAAAUACAAACUGUAGUAGGCUACUGUACAUUUUUAGGGAUGGGUGUUGGAGAGUAGGUAUGAAUUUAAACAACAAUGUAUUUUCUCACUUUUAUACCGUUUGUUUUAUUUUUUUGCCAUAUCCCCAACAUAAGCUAUCUACUACAAAACCUUUGCUGCAUUUCAAAGCAAUACUAAGGACACAGCAAAGUAUACUCUCCUGGUCUCCUUAAUAGUGCAGAUGAAGGGAAGGAGUGAGGAAAGCCUGCAAUUAUUUGUAAAUAUAUUUUUUACUGCUGUUAUAUAGCCCAUUUCUUGUGUCUAAUCAUCCUUCCUGCUCCUGUGUGUUUGCAGCGUGCAGCUCCUCCCCCUGUCUCCAUGAUGGUACCUGUAUCCUGGGCACUUCCUACUCCUACCACUGUGGCUGUCUGGCUGGCUACACUGGACAGACGUGUGAGAAUGGUGAGUACACUAAACUUUGGGUCAGCCUAUUCACAAAGGUAUCCCCUGACCAUAUCCUCAGAGUCCCAUAAGUGCUGUUAGGUUCUGACAAAUAUACAGUAAAAAAUGCAUGCACUUCCACGGAAAGCUCAAACCAAGUUUAUUCACCCAAAGGGUCAACAAGCUGAAAAUACAUAAACCUGUUUACACCAGCACAAAUAUAUAUACCCCUAUUUGGGUGAAGUAUCCUCCUUCCCUCUAAACAUGACAUGUUUAUUGUUAGGAAGGAAGUUAAGUGAUGCAGGCAAUAAACUGUUCCUUCUCCCUUAAUAUGACCUGACCUGACCUGACCUGAUUUCAACCCCCUUCCUCACUAAUCCACAGCUCUCCACCCUUUUCAGUGACUGCAAUCAUGUGAUUGCCUCUCCUUUACUCAAUACAUUCCAAAGCCCCCUGGCUCCUAUCCAACCUUAAUUGACCCCACCAUAUACAUUCCUCCUACAGAUAACCAGUAACUUCUGGUGUGUAUACCAGACUAUGGCACUCCACCUUUCUAUAGGAUAACUGAUAAUUCAAUAACAUUCUGACACAAUGUACACGUCCUGCAUUCCUCUCUCUCCCUUAUCAAAUCAAAUCAAAUCAAAUUUUAUUUGUCACAUACACGUGUUUAGCAGAUGUUAUAGCGGGUGUAGCGAAAAGCUUGUGCUUCUAGCUCCGACAGUGCUGUAAUAUCUAACAAUUUCACAACAUAUACCCAAUACACACAAAACUAGUAAGGAAUGGAAUUUAAGAAUAUAUACAUAUAUGGACAAGCAAUGACAGAGCGGCAUGGACUAAGAUACAGUAGAAUAUUAUAGAAUAGAAUGCAGUAUAUACAUAUGAGAUGAGUAGUUCAAGAUAUGUAAACAUUAUUAAAGUGACUAGUGUUCCAUUUCUUAAAGUGGCCAGUGAUUUCAAUAGGCAGCAGCAGCCUCUAAUGUGCUAGUGAUGGCUAUUUAACAGUCUGAUGGCCUUGAGAUAGAAGCUGUUUUUCAUUCUCUCGGUUCCAGCUUUGAUGCACCUGUACUGACCUCGCCUUCUGGAUGAUAGUGGGGGGAACAGGCAGUGGCUCGGGUGGUUGAUGUCCUUGAUGAUCUUUUUGGCCUUCCUGUGACAUCGGGUGCUGUAUGUGUCUUGGAGGGCGGGUAGUUUGCCCCCGGUAACGCGUUCGGCAGGCCCCAGUUGUCGUACCAGGCAGUGAUACAGCCCAACAGGAUGCUCUCAAUUGUGCAUCUGUAAAAGUUUGUGAGGGUUUUAGGUGCCAAGCCGAAUUUCUUCAGCCUCCUGAGGUUGAAGAGGCUCUGUUGCGCCUUCUUCACCACACUGUCUGCGUGGGUGGACCAUUUCAGUUUGUCGGUGAUGAGUGCGCCAAGGAACCUGAAGUUUCCACCUUCUCCACUGCGGUCCCGUCGAUGUGGAUAGGGGGGUGCACCCUCUGCUGUUUCCUGAAGUCCACGAUCAUCUCCUUUGUUUUGUUGAUGUUGAGUGAGAGGAUAUUUUCCUGGCACCACACUCCCAGAGCCCUCACCUCCUCCCUGUAGGCGGUCUCGUCAUUGUUGGUAAUCAAUCCUACUACUGUUGUGUCGUCUGCAAACUUGAUGAUUGAGUUGGAGGCGUGCUUGGCCACGCAGUCAUGGGUGAACAGGGAGUACAGGAGGGGCUGAGCAUGCACCCUUGUGGGGCCCCAGUGUUGAGGAUCAGCGAAGUGGAGAUGUUGUUUCCUACCUUCACCACCUGGGGCUGACCCGUCAGGAAGUCCAGGACCCAGUUGCACAGGGCGGGGUUCAGACCCAGGGCCUCGAGCUUAAUGAUGAGCUUGGAGGGUACUAUGGUGUUGAAUGCUGAGCUAUAGUCAAUGAACAGCAUUCUUACAUCGGUAUUCCUCUUGUCCAGAUGGGAUAGGGCAGUGUGCAGUGUGAUGGCGAUUGCAUCGUCUGUGGAUCUAUUGGGGCGGUAAGCAAAUUGAAGUGGGUCUAGGGUGACAGGUAAGGUAGAGGUGAUAUGAUCCUUGACUAGUCUCACAAAGCACUUCAUGAUGACAGAGGUGAGUGCUAUAGGGCGAUAGUCAUUUAGUUCAGUUACCUUUGCUUUAUUGGGUACAGGAACAAUGGUGGCCAUCUUGAAGCAUGUGGGAACAGCAGACUGGGAAAGGGAGAGAUUGAAUAUGUCCAUAAACACACAAGCCAGCUGGUCUGCGCAUGCUCUGAGGACGCAGCUAGAGAAGGAGAGGCCACAGUCCUUGGUAGUGGGCUUCGUCAGUGGCACUGUGUUAUCCUGAAAGCGGGCGAAGAAGGUGUUUAGCUUGUCUGGAAGCGAGACGUCGGUGUCGGCGACGUGGCUGGUUUUCCUUUUGUAGUCCGUGAAUGUCUGUAGACCCUGCCACAUACGUCUCGUGUCUGAGCUGUUGAAUUACGACUCCACUUUGUCUCUAUACUGAUGUUUUGCCAGUUUAAUUGCCUUGCGGAGUGAGUAGCUACACUGUUUGUAUUCUGCCAUAUUCCCAGUCAACUUGCCAUGGUUGAAUGCGGUGGUUUGCGCUUUCAGAUUUGCGCGAAUGCUGCCAUCUAUCCACGGUUUCUGGUUAGGGUAGGUUUUAAUAGUCACAGUGGGCACAACAUCACCUAUACACUUCCUGAUAAACUUAGUCACCGUUUCAGUGUAUUCAUCUAAAUUAUUUUCGGAAGCUACCCGGAACAUAUCCCAGUCCGCGUGAUCAAAACAACCUUAUUGACAUGAUUAAAGAUCUUUCAAGUUUAUAAGUCAGAACACGUCAGUGCUAACAACAGUGAGUGAGUCACCAUCACAGGGGCUCUGUGGUGUGGAGGGCUUCCAGACAAGCUGCCUUCCCUACUGGUCAUCUUGCUCUCUGGCCCAGGCCAAUCGGCUGCUUAGGAAAACUGUCCCGUGUCGACAGAUGGACCAUAAACCGCUAUGACCACCUGACGGAAUUUCAUGAAACUACAUCUCACCAUCUGAGUUUAUAUAUGGAUAAUAAACGACAUGGAGAGAAAGACUGUGAGAGAGAAUGAUGAGAGAGAGAGAGAGAGACAGUGAGGAAGAGAGACAGAUAAUGAUAGAUACUGGCAGACAGAGAAUGAGUAAGCAAGGCUAAACUAAGCUAGGCUUCCCUAUGGCCAUCUGUAUCUGGGGCAGUCACCUGCCUGCCACACACACCAUGCCAGGGAGCCCCCUACCUCAUCCUAAUAGGGCUCCAACAGGGCCCUGUAUUUCUGGAGCUCCUUCUGUCCACAGCUCCACCACAACCCUGCUUCUUUAUGGGUGUCUGGACGCAGGCCUGGGAUUCCGUACCCACCACCACACCCCUCCCCUCUCCCCAGACCCUGAGAAAACAGGCUGGCAAAGAGCCCUAUCAUUUAUUUUCAGGUGGUCUUAUUUUCAGGGCUACAUUUGAGUCUAUAAAACUAAUGGUGAAACAAACCUGCCUCUAUAAUCUAAGCCAGCUUUUCCGUUGGAUGAGAGGCGCUCAUAAAACGCAUGGAAGAAGUGGAGGGAUGGAAUUCCGUACAAGUUGUUCGUUCAGCUGGUAUUCCCAUGAGCAGGGCUGGCCUGCUCGUUUGUGAGGUAGAUUUGGGAUAACACUAAUGUGGUAUAUGUUGUGGAAACACACGUACAUUACUCCCAGUUUAUGCCAGAGGCAGUUAGACUAAAGAACUGAAAUGGUGGACUUGGCAGCGGCUGCACUUCGGGUCUGCAAUAAUUUACCUAGCAUUAAACAGUAUUCCAAACAACCUUCCUCCUGACUCUCUCUAUAUUUCCGAUGAAGCAACAUUCUUUAUUUUAGAUUAGGAUUAUUGAAACAUAGUUUCUGAGGCGUUGACAGGAGUUAGUGGUGAAUUAAUGAGGCUUCAUUAAUCAUAACAUCCUCUGUUAGCAUUCCUUAAUAAUGGCUAUGACUCAUCCCAGUAGAGACAGCCCAGUAGGAGAUUGGCUAUACUGGGGUAGACAGACAGACACUGGGAUGGGAGGACAGGGGUGUGGGCAAACACAGAGGAUAUGAUAGACUCUCAUUUUAACACCCCCCACCUUUUAUGUCUGUUUUUCUAAGAAAGAACAUGACUCAACAGGGUGGUGCACAUUUUCCUUUUCCACGUCCGGAAAGCCAAGUGAAACCCCCCUGUCCUGUCCCAUGUGAGGCUCGACUGAAGGGUGGAAAUGUUGGUAGGCAGGGAGAUAGUGAUUAUAGGGAGGGUUCCUCUGAUGGUUUUGGAUCACACUGCUGUCAGACCAUGGCCAGAGAGAGGGAGAGAAGCAUGGGGCUGGUCCUAUGACACAGUAUGGUCCCAAGAGGGGAUACUGUAUCACAUCAAAAUCAAAUCACAUUUUAUUGGUCGCAUACUCAUAUUUAGUAGAUGUUAUUGCGGGUGUAGCGAAAUGCUUGUGUAUCCCCCAUUACAGAGUGAUAUGAUGCACAUAAUAACAAGCCCUACACAUACACACCCCUUGUACACGUGUGUGUAUGUGGGGGGGUUUGUGUGUGUGUGUUCGUGCAGAUAUGUGUGUGCUUGGUAUUUUGCUUUGUUCCGGACCAGAGAGAGGGGAACCGAUAGUGAAUUACAAAUUGAUGUGUGCUUUUUGUGUCAAUCAAGUUCUCUGUUUCAAAGCCGGGCAUUGUCUGAACAAUUACACCCACUAUUCCAUUCCACAUCAACCCAAGCCCCACGCUACCAACCCACAUCAUAAAAACACUUCACUGCUGUGGAAAAUUGAACAGUUUGACUAAAGCUUAUUUUUACUAGGAGUUUUCUAUUUCUUCCUCUGUACGUCGCCUUGAGAGCUGUUCAGACUUUUUCCAGGCCUGCUGAAAUGAUCUAUUAAUAAGGCAGUACGAUGUGGAGGCUAUAUUUAUAAACUUCUAGCUAGUCAAAGAGGUAUUUCUGAGGAGGAAGAAUGGGUUUGUAAAUGAUGAACUGGGUUCUAAGAGCCCUUAGGCAGUAGGUGGCUAUUCAGAAAGAGUUGUGUUUAUACCAGACAACAAAAUGCUAAUACUGUAUCACACAGCAGUGAACACACUGAAGUUGUGUUUAUGGCUGGCAUAAGAUUGGUAGCAUUAUAGUGGACAGAAGAUGAAACGUGUUCAGAAUGCAUGAGAAGGGUUGUGUGUAAUUGUGUAUGUGUGUGUAUGGGUUUGUGUGUAUCCCUCUAGUUGUAGGUUGUCGGAGGCCCCCAGUACCUGUCCAUGGCUCCACAGAGGGGGUAUUCCAUCACUCAGGGGCACAAGUCACGUUCAGCUGUGACCCCGGGUUCGAGCUGAGGGGGAUCCGCACAGUCGUAUGCCUCCGGGAUGGCACCUGGAGCGCCCCUGCCCCCCAGUGUGGUAAGAGGCCAGUGAGAGAGAGGGGCACAAUAUACACUGAGUGUACAAAACAUUAGGAACACCUGCUCUUUCCAUGACAUGGACUGACCAGGUGAAUCCAGGUGAAAGCUAUGAUCCUUUAUUGAUGUCACUUGUUAAAUCCACUUCAGUCAGUGUAGAUGAAAAGGAGGAGACGGGUUAAAGAAGGAUUUUCAAGCCUUGAGACAAUUGAGACUUGGAUCGUGUAUGUGUGCCAUUCAGAGUGUGAAUGGGCAAGACAAAAGAUUGAAGUGCCUUUGAGCGGGGUAUGUGUCAAGAACUGCAACGCUGCUGUGUUUUUCACGCUCAACAGUUUCCUGUGUGUAUCAAGAAUGGUCCACCACCCAAAGGACAUCCACCAAGUUCAUGACCUGCCGAAUUGAGGCUGUUCUGAGGGCAGAAGGGGUGCAACUCAAUAUUCUGAAGGUGUUCCCAAUGUUUUGUACACUCAGUAUAUAUUUGGGCGCUUUGUGAAAAAUCUAACCUGAUUGACCUUAGUGACAUUAACGCUGUAGGUUUGUUUUAUACAAUAACAUUUGAGACUUACUGACACAACAGCUACUCUGAGGAAUAUACAUAUUUACAACUCAUCUGAAAAAUUAUGCAAUAGUGUCUGACCACCUCAAUCCCAUCUUCACUGAGCCUACUUGAUCUCUGUGUUCCUCUGCAGUGCCCAUGGUGAAGUUCUGUGCCAUCCCAGCUAAGCCUGUCCAUGGAGACCACUUCCUGGUGUACGGGCCCAAUGACGUCAUCCUCGCCCUGCAGUAUCUGUGCUACCAGCCCUACAAGCUGAGCGGAACACACCAGAGAACCUGUCUGCCCAACAACACCUGGAGCGGAACACUUCCCACCUGUGGCAAAGGUUAGUGUCAGAGCAUGGCAUGACAGGAAUAAGAGUUUGGAGACAGUGGGAACAGGUGUUGACAGACAUCAACAGUUGUCCUAUUAUUAUUGUAAAAUGACUAUGUGCUACGUGACCAAGCCUGCGUGAAAUUGAUCAUAUUUCACUAGUAAAAUGUGUACAACCAUUCAGAAUCAUUAGUCAACUGUAUAACAACACUAAUUUACAACAAUUUAAAUCCAGUAAUUCACUUUUUUUCUCUCUUCUUGUUCUUACAGUGAAUAAUACACUUGCUGAAUCAGGCAAAGAUACAGAGAAGGACAAAGAAAAUGAUGCAGAAAAAGACAAAGACACUGACUCAGCCCCACAUAAAGACAUAGAAAAACCCAAAGACAAAGAAAUAGACAACACUAAAGGUAUCAAGGAGGACGUGGCUGGUAAAGAUCCAGACACAGGCCUGAGGAACACGACAGUGGACAUUAGAGACGGUAAAGAUAAAACAUAGACAUUACUCUGGUGAAUAUCCCAGGAGGAAGAAAGGAUCAAAUGAGUGACAAAGAAAAAGAAACAGGGCUAGAGAAAACUACUGGAGGUAGCAAGGAUAAAGUGGACAGUGAAGAAACAGAUGACAUGUUAAACACAGUGGAGGGAGAGAGAGAAAAUGACUUGGGGAAAACCACAGCGGACACAGAUGGCAGUCCAGAUACGGGGGGAGACACAGACGUGAUACGGGAGAUAGGAAAGACAACAGAGGUUCCUGAGAUAAUGGUGGUGGAGGAUAAAGGACAGGAGGAAGAGGAGAAGAAAGAGCAACCGGUAGAUACAAGCAGUGAUCCAAACAUAGUUGAUCCUAAUGACUUAAAACCUAGAGGAGACACAUUUGCCAUAGAUUACACUGAGAUAAAACCUAGGGGAGACACAUUUGCCAUAGAUUACACUGUUACGGAUGUGUUUGGCACCAAUGACAUAGAGCAUGGUAUGAAUACAACAGUGUCUAAAGACAUUGUGAAGAGUAUUAUUCCAGCUAGAAGCAACAACACACAGUUCGCCCCAUAUUCAUCAGGAGGUCAGGACACCAAAAGGCCUGUGGAAAAACCACGCAAAGACAUAGGAUCAACUAAAGAUUCAGGAGGAGCCAAAGACACAGUGGCAAGUACAAGUAAACCUGAAGAGGAAAAUACAGGAAAAGAUUCAGAAAAACCAUCUAAAGAAGAGUCUGAGUAUGAGAAGAGAGAGAACCAAAUCAUCAAUGGUAAGACUCAGAAUCACCCCAACACCUUAGGUGCAUGUUGUAAAAUACACUGCACAAUUAAAACAGAUAUUAAAAUGACUCUCAACAUCUUAGAUUUUCUUUCACACUCUCUCGCUCCCUUUCCAUCUCUCUAUCUUCCGCUCUCGCCACCUGCUCUCUUUCCCUUACUCCCUCCUUCCAGAGAAGAGCUGUCCUCCUCUCCCACGGCUCUACCAUGGGUACCAGCAGGUGGUGCCAGGGAUGGUGCCAGAGACGGUGGAGUUCUUCUGUAACCACUCGUACGCUCUGAGUGGUGACGCCCGACGCUCCUGCCAGCCUGGCGGCUCCUGGGGGGGCGCUCAACCCUUUUGUGUGAGAGGUAGGCACUGGAAUGUGUGUGUUUGUGUGUGAUUGCGCGCAAGCGUGUGUGCAUGGGUGUGUGUGUGCCUCUACUUUGUGAUUAUCAUCUAGGGAUAUGCUGUUGCACCUGUCAGUUAGGCACUACCUUUAGCAGCCUCUAAUCAACCCAACAUUGAGAAUGAGAGCAGCUCCCUGCCUGACAGUAGGUUUUAAUGGGAACCCUGUGUAUGUUUGUCUGCAGCCUGCAGAGAGCCGAAGGUCUCCGAGCUGGUAAGACAGAGAGUUCUGCCUCCACAGGCUCCAUCCAGGUAUGUCUAAUGAUUUACAUUAACAUAUUAUGUUACAUAGCAGACACAAAUAUGCACAUUAUAUAGUCUACAUACAGUAAAUACGACAGACGUAAGCAUUCACCAACACUACACAUAUCCGCAUUACCUUAGCAAUCAUCAUUUUUCAAAACCACAUACAUAUAAAACAUGUGCAUAAUCAUAUAUCAACAUCAUACACACACCACAACAGACCAUGAAUAUUAUGUAUGACCCUCAUUAAUGCACACAGCAUAGCAGAAGACAUAGCUCUAUCCUUUAGUGACAGAGGCACUUUACCAUGUGAAGCCCACAUAAAGGUUUGCCAUUUAAAAACCUAAAAGGACUCUACUUAUACACACCGCUAGCCUCUUAAAGAACAUUAUACACUAGUUGUUUCUGUAAAGGCAUCUCCAAGGACCCCUCUCCUCUCUCCCUCUCAGGAAGACCCCUGUGCAUAAGCUCUACUCCUCCUCUGGGUUCGGGAGGCUGUUCCAGUCCGCCGGCCCCACCAAAGGUCCUCCAGUGCUAUCCCAGCUGCCCCAGGGCUUCCACCACCUCUACACUCACGUAGAGUACGAGUGUGCCUCUCCCUUUUAUCACCACUCAGGCAGCGCACGCCGCACCUGCCUCAAGACUGGCAAGUGGAGUGGGCGUCAUGUCUCCUGCUCGCCAGGUGAGGACAGCAGAGCCACAUUACUUGAUAUAAAGAAAGGUUUUUCUUGCCGCUUAGGCGUGCUAGAAUGGCACAUUCAAACCACACCCAGACACUAAACAAUCAAGGAAAUUGGACUGAAAAACGAAUAUUCCAGGGUGGGUAUGAUAUGGAAUAAGUUUUCCAUACAUUACAAUAUCAAGUGUUGUUUUAUCACUCUGGCAGGUCUGAUGUUUAUUCUCUUUCUUCUCUUUCUUUCCACCCUUCUCCUCCCUGGCCACACUUUCCUCUUCUCCACCCUUGUCUCUCCAUCCUUCUCUUUUCCCAGUGUGUGGGAAGCACCCCACAUUUGACCCUCAGAGCCCAGCAGAGUCCCACUGGCCCUGGCUAGCCGCCAUCUACCGACGCUCCACCAACGGAGCAGGGACCAAGCUGGACAAGAAGGCCAGCCUGGAUGGGUCACUAAAGAUGGGGCCUGGAGCUGGACCAGGAGCAGGGGCUGGGUUCCAGGGACAGGACGAGGCCUCAGGCUGGCAGCUGGUGUGUAGCGGGGCCCUGGUGAACCAGCGGAGUGUGGUGGUGGCAGCCCACUGUGUGACUGAGCUGGGGAAGCUGUACCCUCUGGAUGCAGCCAAGGUCAAGGUGGUGAUGGGAAAACACUACCGCAGUGACCUCCGGGAGACCAAGGGCCUGCAGCAUCUCAGGGUAAGAGAGGGGUUGGAUAGGGCUGAGGGGGUUGGGGGCCGUGAAUAGGGAGUGAGAAAGGGUUUGGAGAGGGCUAACUGGGUUGGUGGGUAGGGGUGGCAAGUAAGGAAUGAAAGGGGUUUAUACUAUAUAGGCUAGGGAGACCACCUGUACUCAGUUAGCCACACACUGCACUAAUUACACUGAAAUACAACUAUGGUGUACAGUUCACCACACAUGAGGUAACACACUAUAUAGGUCUAUUUACCAGCCUAUGGGAUCUAUAUAAUACUAAUGGCUGGGUGGCAGGGGUUUUAAACCUGUGUCCAAUUAUAAUGCAGCCUUUUACAAACAUGACGUCAUGUCUACCACAUCUAGCCAUGUAAUACAGCCCCAUGUUUGUUUAUGUUCAGUCAUUGAAUAGGUCCCAGAAAGCUACAUUGACUGUAAGUAAACACCAACGUGGUUGUGCUACAUUGCUAGUCUGGAUCUAUCCAACAUACACAGUAGCUUAUUUUCCAUUUUGCAGUUUACUGUAUAUGGUUUAAUAAAGCAAUAAGGUCAGAGGGGGUGUGGUAUAUGGCCAAUAUACCAUGGCUAAGGGCUGUUCUUAUGUGCCUGGAUACAGCCCUUAGCCGUGGUAUAUGAAAAAUGUAUGCACUCACUAACUGUAAGUCGCUCUGGAUAAGAGCGUCUGCUAAAUGACUAAAAUCUAUAUUGGCCUUAUACCACAAACCCCCGAGGUGCCUUAUUGCUAUUAUAAACUGGUUACCAACGUAAUUAGAUCGGUAAAAUAAAUGUUUUGUCGUACCCGUGGUAUACGGCUGUCAGCCAAUCAGCAUUCAGGCCUCGAACCACCCAGUUUGUAAUAGUACAUAAAGGACAGUCAAUUAAUGUAUGAGCAUAUGAGUGAGGAGUGUGAGUUGCCAGGUAACAAGCCCAGCUACUAUCGUCCCACAGAGAGGCAAGCUGUCACCCUGCUGUUCCGUUUGGCACAGGCUCUCUCUUCUCUCUACAGCUUUUAUUUUUGUCACACCACCUUUCUCUCUCUAUUCUUUCUCUAAACAUCCCUCCUUUCUCUCAUCAUCAUUCCGUCUUCAUUCUGACCAUCCCUUGUCUCGCUGACCAUACCUCCUUUCUUGUUUCUUACUCUGACCAGUUUAUUUUCUCUGUCUACCUUGUGAUCAUUUAUUUUAUGUCUCUCUAACCAUCCCGCAUCUUCUCCUCCAGGUGGCCUCCAUCUCUGUCCACCACAACUACGACCCCCUGGUCUUGGACUCAGACUUGGCCGUGAUCAAGCUGCUGGACAAGGCUCGUAUCGGGGAGAAGGUCCAGCCCCUCUGCCUGCCUGACACCCAGGGGGGAGAGGUGACCUCCAGAGAGGGGCUUGUGACGGGCUGGGCCCCCCUGCCGGACCCACAGAUUGGGGAAGAGGAGAGGGCCAGGGUGGGUGUGCAGCACCUGGCCGACGUGGUGCCCUGCGAGCAGCAGUACGCCCGUAAUGGUGUGCCUGUGAGCGUCACAGACAACAUGCUCUGCGGCCGGCAGCGACCCGACUACGGCCCAUCUAACAUCUGUCCCGCGGACACAGGGGGUAUCCUGAUCCUUCCUGCCCAGACAGGCUCCGCCCAGGACCCCUCUCUUGCCUCUCCAGGGGGGCGGGACAAGUCCAAAGGGGAGUGGCGGCUGCUGGGGUUGGUGAGUUUUGGGUAUGACCAGGGAGAGUGUGACCCGGACCUGUUUACUGUGUACACACAUGUGGCCAACUUCAAAGACUGGAUAGAGAGCCAUAUGAAGUGAGAUCACCAGGGUGUGACCCACCCUGUAUCUCUCUUUUCCUCCCUCUCUUCAACCAACUACACCCUCUUUUUUGCCAAUCUCUCUCUUCAUCAUUAUUCCACCUGUUCCUUUUAUUUGCCAGCAUCUUCUCCAUUCUCCUUUCCCUCCUUCCUUCUCCCGCUGUCCCUCUUUUUGUCAUACACAGGCAGGGAGUGUGAUCAGUAAAGAGCAGAGUAACGCUGGACUGCACAGGGCAGUGCACUGAUGUUAGGGGGCCCUAACACAGCCUGAUCAGGUAUACC